UCACCUGCAUCUAUAGAUUAAAGAUGUAAACCGUGCGACAACAUUUAUCACAAAUAAAAAUAAAGAGAUUAUUAUCAAUAAUAUUAUAACAAUUAGAAGUAAACACUCACGAUGACAGAAUUUUCGGGGAAACGAUGUGAGGAUACGAUUCCUGAACUGGAGCAGAUGGAGAGGAUACAAUUAUUCGACAAAAAUGAAACCAGAGCUAUACUGAAGGAACGAGAAGAGCUCGAAUUGAAACUAAAAAAGCACACUCUAGACACAAAGUCGAAAGAGGAUUACUUGGAAUAUAUAAAGUAUGAAAUGAACCUUUUAAAACGCGUUGAAGAGCGUAGAAAUAAAUUAGGCAUCACGCAGAAGAAAUCCGCGAUAGAUUAUGCCAUUGUAAACAAAGUUAAACGAUUAUACAGAAAGGCAAUAUUCAAAUUCAGUGACGAGCUUCGAUUUUGGACUUCUUACAUGAGUUUUUGCAAGCAUGUUCGAUCUCAGAGCUGCGUAAGUCGAAUGCUUGGCAGGAUGCUGCAGAUUCACCAAAAAAAGGAGAAAUGUUGGCACAUCGCGGCACAGUGGGAAAUAGAAGAAGCAAAAAAUUUGGAAAAUGCAAGAACAAUUUUAUUACGUGGUUUGAAUCUGCAUCCAACUUCCCCAUUACUUUUUUUAGAAUUGUACAAAUUAGAGUUGAAGGAAGAAGCAUCAAAAAUUAAAACUCUCGAAAAGGACAAGGAAGAAUUACGAGCUUCAGUCCCUGAAAGCGGAAAAGAAUCAAGCAAAUUUAAAAGAACUGAAGCUAUAUACGAGCAAGCUUUUAAAUGGGUGAAGGAAAUUAAGUUUUUUAUUAACUUGCUGAGCGUGACAAAAGAUUAUGAAAACACGGAUGCAUUACAAAAAAAAAUCAUCAACGACAUGGUAAAAAAAUACAUGAACGAACCUCUCGUCUGGGAUACAAUGGCUCGUCGAGAACUGCAAGGUUUGCCAAAUCCCUCUAGUAAUGAUACCGCAAUGGAGGUCGACGGCACAGAGCAGAAUUCUUUGAGAGAUCGUAUAACUUCUUGCAAUGAAGUAUACCUGAUAGCGGUUAAAAAGCUAAAAAGCGAGGAAAUGUGGUCUCUCUACAUUGAUUGCUUAUUAGAAAUCAAUCAAGACCUAGAAUUAUUACCAAAUCUCAAAAGAAAAUUGUUAAGAACGGCCUUAUCUCAAGGCCAUCAGGCUAAACUGUUGAAAGAACAGCAUUACUUGCACUGGAUUGGGUUGUUAAAUAGUGAUAAAAAGGACGAUGCUUCGCAGAAAAAACUGGCUGAAGUUUUGUGCCAUGCAACUGAAGCUUUACCGAAUAGUGAAAAAUUGUGGCAUUCCAGGCUAAAAUACCUGUUAGCAACUGAUACUGAAGAUUCUGUAGAUGAAAUAUUUGCACAGGCAACGAAAUUACUAGGAGAGAAGUCUUUAUCUUUGUGGAGAAUGAAGUUACUACAUGUUCAAGCAAAAAAUCCGGAAAAAACUGAAGAAUUUUUUCAGACAGCGAUACUUGGUCCUCCACAUGUAGCAAAGGAUAUGAAGACUACUUACUUAGAGUGGGCAGUGCUGAGUAAAAAUAUUCACGAGACACGGGAUAUCUACUCGAGGAUAUCUUUGCAACCACCCUACUGUAUAGAGUUACACAAGAAAAUGAUAGAAAUUGAGAUUAUGCAACCUGAAACAAAUGUGGGGAAGGUGCGAGAAUGUUUUGAAAUAGCCAUCUUGCAAUUUGGUGGAACUAACAUGGACGUUUGGAUGGAUUUCGUAAAUUUCGAGACGAAUCACGGCGAUCCUGUCGAGUCAGCUAAGAUACACACACGAGCAGUUAAAGCAUUAAUUGCACCGUUGGUAGAUAAAUUUAUCUCCGAAUACAGUUUGCUAAAAGCAGAUCCAGGCUCUAUAAGCAUGCCGCAAAAGUCUUAAGAUCCCGAUUACUAUAAAGCAUAUGCCUGAAACAUGAUAAGCGCAUUACGAGACAACUAGAACGCUGAAUAUCUCAACAUUAAAUUGAACAAAAUCAUUUAUAAAAAAAUGAUUUUACAAUACUGCAGUGUUAUUUUAUAGAAAAUCUUU